UGUACAGAUGCAGACAACCUGUAUGUGGUCAGUUGAUUUUGGACGUACAUCGCCGUGAUAAGAUACAGUGCCUUAACGUGUUGUUUUCUGUAUUAUGAUUUUGUAGAACAUGGUGAAUGAAAGGAAGUAGGCCAAGGCCUAGUGUGAACAUGGCAAACACCUUUUUGGUUGAAUUAGUUUGAUUUUUGCUCAGCAGAACAGUAUGGGUCAGAGCACUUCAUCAACAUCGGUGUCGAAUUCCAACAGCACCAAUAGAGGUACUGGUCAGCAGUCGUCCAUCAGAUCUCGACCAGCAGGUACAACAACAGAACGUCGGAGGACAUGUUCAGGUGCCUCAAGUGGUUACCGGCCCAAGCCUAAUCAAAGCCAUGGACCACCCACUGCGAGUAGGGUUAGCUGGCCUCAUCAUGCCAUCCAACCGCUAGACUCUCCGCUGCAGCCGGCCAACCAACAGCCUAGCCUUAGUAACUUCCACUUCCACAAGGUUCACGGCAAGAACAUUGUGCUGUCUGGUGAUGGCAAGACUGCUUCCCGCAUGGGCAGCUUCUGCAAUGCGCUCGUCUUUAGCCACCGGGCUAUACAUGUAGGGGAGAUCCUACAUUUUGAGCUAAUCCAAAAUACGGCAGGCUGGAGUGGGGUGCUUCGCUUUGGUUACACAUCACAGGACCCCCUAUCAUUACGCAGCAAUGGCAUUCCCAAGUAUGCAUGUCCCGAUCUCACAGCAAGGCCUGGGAACUGGGCUAAGGCGGUCAGGGAAAGCUGUGCUUUGCAUGGCAAUGUACUCAACUUUGUGCUCAGUGAGGAUGGAACUGUAUAUUUCAGUGUGAACCAGGAACACUUCAUUGAGUUCUUCAAUGGGGUGGACACUACCAGACCCACCUGGGGAGUAAUUGAUGUCUAUGGCAAUACUACAGGAGUCAGAAUUGUUGAUACUUUCCCAACUUCAAAUAGGAUAUCAUCAAGAGGUGCGUCAAUGAAUUCUGGCUUCCAGGAUUCCUUGUGGCUGGUCUCAGACUUUAUCCCUGGGAGCAGUCGCUCAUCUUCUGCCCACAGCAGCAGUGCCCGCUCUAAUACACCCAAACCAGAGUCGUUACCGCUGCAUACCACCCACGGCUUCAACAUCACUCUCAAGGAGGAGAACGUGAUUGCAGACCGCAAGGUGACUAGUGUCAGUGGUGGGAUCACCUUCACCAGUCGCCCUGUUGAAUGCAACGAACGAGUCCUAGUCAAGGUUCUAGCGGUCAAUCAUUGUUACAUUGGACACAUGGGCAUUGGAUUGACGUCUUGUGACCCAAACUCCCUGGAUGUAGACUCCUUGCCCCUCGAGGCAGAGGAUGUGUGCGACCGCAAGGAGUACUGGGUCAUGUCGCGAGAUUACGAAACAUUACAGGAGGGGGCCUGCCUAGGUUUCACCCUGGGUAGAGAUGGACGCUUCCACAUGACUGGACCUGAAGGUGCUGACCACAAAGUUUUGAUGCAUGUUGAUACAUCUACACCUCUAUGGAUGUUCUUUGACCUGUACGGGACUACACAAACAAUUAAAAUAUUAGGUGCACUGAAGAAUAAGCCACCUCCUCCACCACCUCCUAUUCCAGACCGAGAGGCCAAUGACAUCAACUUGAAUAUAUUUGAUGAGGCUGAUGGUGCUGUAGCCUCUACUGACUCCCUGGAUGAAACAGAGGCUGUCCCCACACCCCCUCCAAGACUCAGUUCCACCUCUUCUACUAACAAGCCAGCCAGGCGGGCCCCUCCUCCUCGCCCUGCCAAACCCCCGCUGCGCCAGGACGAGUGUACGGUGUGCUUUGAGAACCCACCCAAUGCUGUCUUCUAUCGCUGCGGCCAUGUCUGCUGCUGCCUGGAGUGUGGCUCCAAGCUGAAGGAGAGGGGAGACCCCUGCCCGCUGUGCCGAGCCCCCAUUGAAGAUCUCAUUAAAUUCUACAAGAUGUAGGUGGGUUUGCAGGGUUUGCUGUUGAUAAUACCUGCACUUGUUACUUAAUAAGGGUGGGAUGUACAAGUAGGCCUGUUUGAUAUCCAUUUUUUAAAAACUGAAAUAUCGGGGAAAAUAUAUUUCAAUAUUCGAUAAUAUCGUGAUGACGUCAUUUUUUCUUCACGUCAGUCACUGACUCAUUGCUGCGUCACAAGCCCCACAUAGCACAGCACAGUGAGCUGUAAAGCAAGUCAAUUCCCACCAUGCCUAUGCAUCGGCAUCGUAAAUACCCCUGUCAGCAAAGCCCAUCUUUAAUUCUGUAUCGAACGGUUCAGAUUACCCAUACGCGUAUUAAAUCUUGCAGUAUCAAAUUUUACCUUGAAGUGGUCAAUCAUAAUUGCAAACAUUGUGGACGCAUUUCUCGUUUUGUAAGUAAAAGAAGUGUAAUGUUUAUGUACAUGUACAGUGUACAAGUGCAUGUACCUUGUAGUGCCAUGUUUGUAGUGCCAUGACAAAGCCGUUAAGUCACCGUGUGCGUAAAGGAAACCAAGGAAGUCAAGUUUAAAGAGCACCUCUGGGAAAAACAUGUUUUCUCUGAUUUUAUCUGUUCAAAUAAAUAAGGAAGCAUCUAAAUCGAACGCAGUGCCAUUUGUCUUCAGAGCUCAACUAUAACAAGUUAAAAAGGGCUUUUUUCUGUUCAUGACAAGAUGCGAAUUCUGAAUGUAGAUUGCAUCCUUUGGAGAGAACAGAAAACUAGAGGAACCCUGUGCAUGCCAAACAAUGCAUGUAGCUAUUGAAACUCUGAAAGUCAUUUUGAUUAAACAGACAGAUCCAAAAGUCAUGACUAUUGAGUACAUGUACAUGUAUGAAAGAGAAUUUGGAAUCUAACAUACAUGUAGUGAGUGACCUAUUGCCCUGUAAAUUCUCUUGAUAUUUCUUUUCCUUUCGGCAUCCAUGUACUUUUUGAGAAAACAAGUGGAAUCUAAAACAAUAAACAUUGCUAGUCUUAAAAUGCCCCAUUAUCAGUUUACAUUCUUACAUACAUGUAUGGUUGGUUGGAUCAUGUGCAUUGUUGAACCUACAUGUAUGUAAUUAUGCAUGAAAACACUGAGGUAGGUGGCACUGACCUCUGUAAAGUGUUAAUUGGCUAAGCAUUUAAACAGUAUGGGAAAGUUUGUGUAAACAUUUUUCAAAUUUAAUCUAAUUGGUUGGUUUAUAUUUCAUUUACUCGUGUAAUGACAUUAAUGGGGAGCAAAUUCAAAGUGAAAGUAACGCUGCUCCUGGUUAUUUGCUGCAUUUGCCAUGUAUCCAAUAUGUGGAGAGUCUGAGCUUUACAGCUUCCUGUGACUUCACACAUUUUUCAUGGUUUGAAUCACGCCGGGUGUGAAACACCAAUAGCCUGCCUGCCGCCCUCAUGCAUUGCCUCAUUCCCAUCCCCUCCCUUACCCUAUGCACCGUGAGUCAAAGUGCACCCUCACUGGCAAAAGAAAGACAGACUGUUAAAAAGUUUUUCAACUGGGUUCUUGCACGCGUUCGGCAUGCGUGUGGAGACCAAACAUUCCAGAAUAAAAUUGCUCUGCGUACUCAGUAUGUUCUGUGUCAAGUGCACGUAAACUUGCGUGCCUAUGUGGUGAGUCGGUACAUGUACCAAAGGACUCUCUACAUGUAUUUCCUUAAAAAACAUGCCCUCUUUUGUUCCCACAUGUUGGGAGCGGAUAGGAGAUGACCCUUCACCUGGCCCAGAGUCAGCCAGGCCAAAUAUGCAGAUAAUGGCACCAUGGUUCCUGUAGUGUUUGAAGGCCAUGAAACCAAAGUAGUGCUUUAAGUUGGACAUCCAUUACAUACUGUGCAUGUAUGUACUGGCACAUGCACAGCAGCAUUACUUUUCUUGUCUUAACAAAGUUUAGAGUGCCAGCCAGCAGUGUCGGUAUUGUGCUUGAGACAAGAUUUCUUCUUAGGUUAAAUGAAUAAUAAAGCAUGUAGAUUGCUCAACUCUUUAAUAUUUCCAAUGAAACCAAAUGUUGAAAUGUGUUGAGCACGCUCACAAGGGUUCAGUUAGCAAUGGACUCCAUCAUGUCCAUGGAGAGUGGGAGCAAAAUGAUUUCUGAACAAUUUUUAGCUGUUUAAGGUUCAUGAUUUUCCUGUGCUUGUAAGUACAUGUACAUGUAUGUGCUCAUGUGCUGCUUUAAUAUUGGGCAGAAUAAGUACACUGUACAAUGUAUACAUGUACAUGUAUAUGGGCAAUUCCAUGGCUAGUUUCAUUACAUUUUAGGGGUCUCAUCACAGCUCUUAGGACUCAAUCAUCAAGGUGAAUGUCAGAAAACUCUGAUGAAGGUGCCAUUAGUACUUGAUGCACAGACAAACAAGACCUCCAAAGAAUAUAAAAAUCAGACAGUGCAAUAAGUUUUAACAGGAACUUUAAUUUUGCUUAGUUAUGCUACAGAAAACGGGCAAGGGAAGAAAAUGCAUCUCUUUGCAUGAAAAGUGUCCUCAUCAGGAAAGCUUCUGAAACCAAGUUAAUAUUGGUAUAUUUUCCCACUGAAAGGCAAACGUUUUGACAUAAAAUGUGGAACAAUUAUUAUUUUCAUUUUUAAACAUUUCCCCCAAAUCAUGGAUUGUUAUGUUACAGUUACUGAUACAUGUUUACGUUACACUUUGUCUAUGCCCAUAGCAUUGUUAGUACAUGUAAAUCCAGUUGACUCUGGUUUAAACAGCAAAAAGAAUUGUUGUCUUAACAAAUAAGUGAAAACAAUAAUCACAUUGAAUCCUAAGCAUUACAAAGCCUUUAUCAAUUCCUGUCUUCCUGGAAGUGUACACAGAAGUAAUAAUAAAGGGAGUAUACAUGUACACAUGCACUAGUACAUGGAAUAAGAAGCAAUUAUCUGUACAAAGUCUUAUGCAUGCGUAAUCUUAUACAUGUAAAGUGAUUACUCAACAAACUACAUGUACAUACAUUUAAUAUACGGGUGUAUGCAUCAUCAUUCGAUUGAAUCUUCGGUUUACCUGACUAAUUUCAAACAAAUUCAAAAUGAAAUACAAGAGGAGCACAAUAAUAACAGUCUAUAAAUCUGUCUUUACAUGUAGGUAGGCUAGGUACAGUGUACAUGCGGUACAUGAAUGCUCGUAUCAUGGUUUGUUGAGCCUGAGACAAUUCAACUUGGGCUACAUGUAAAUUUGUACUUGCAUUUUCUUAGAUUUUGAGAGAAAACUUGAAGUGUCCUCUAUUAUUGACCACCUCUGGGACAUCUCACUAAUAGCAACUUUUUGUCCUUCAAGUGGAUUGAAGAUGUAUACCGAUGUACAUGUAGUCCUUUACAGCAGACCAUUUGCAAUACUUUCUAGCAGACAUGCAUGUACCAGUCUCCCUCCCUUAUUGACUCAUCCUUCGUCUCAUACCGAGGGCAGCAGAUGGAUGAUACUUCUUGUUUUCAUGACAUUUUCUGACUGUAGCAGUUUUCUUCUUUUUUAAAAUAAAUUUGUCGUACCGACCAGAUGCCUUCAACUUGUGUAUGAUGCACCUUUUUUUUUCUUCGCUGGUCAAAGGAAAUACUGACCUAAGGACACAUUCCAAAGAAAAAUAAACAAUUUAUGUUAACCAGAUUUAAAAGUUUUGAACUUACAAAGUACUAUUCAAGUAACAUUAAAUUCACAACAGCAUGGGCCUGCAUGUUCUCAUUUUGCUUCAUAUUAAGUAUACAUGUACCAUACAUGGAGAUGCCUGCUCUUGGUGACAAUUGAGCGUUAAUGUUCUAAAGGCCAAGAGGAACAGCCCAAAACUGCAGUUAUUAAAAAAUUAAAUGCAACUUAAAAAUGAAUGAAGAUUAUAUGAUUUUAAUAAAAAAAAAUUCAUCAAGCUUACAAAAAUGAAGAGCACUCCAACCACUGUAGUACUGACACUGUAUCACACAACUCUCAGCUAUCCAGUAUUACUGGCAUGUGCUACACAUGCUGCAUUCUUGCAUGUUUUCUUCAAAAAGUUAACACUUUUACUACAUGUAGGAGGAAAAUUAAAAUAUACACUUACUCUACAUGUACAUGUAUAUCAGAAUGACCUGCACUUUCUUACUCACCUUAUAUGCACUUUUUCUGGAGUUGUUAGAACUUCCUGUUUUAAACAAGGUGUUUGCUCGGACAUAAUGGCUGCAGCAGCAUUUGAAACAAGAAAAACGUGAUUACUUUAAAUGCAUCAUACUGCCUUCUAUUGUUCAAACUAGUCAUUUUAAAAACCAAAGUCUUUUUAAUGUCAAAUUGGCAGCACCUUGCGUACAUUAAAUGUUAACUUUGGUCAUGUUGGUUAGCUACAAUGUACAUGUACGUAACUUUUUACUUGAAUAUGUUACACGGUUGGUUAUGUUACAGGUUUUGACUGUCUGUUCAUAUGGUUUUGUAAACAGUUUUUUCCCGAAACUUAGGUCUGUAUGCUAUCAUGUAUUCAUACAAAGACGUUCCUCUCAAAGAAAACAGUUCUAAAUUUUAGGGUCUUGUUCACCUCUUCAUGGAAUUGCCCAUACCUGCACAUGUAUGUUGUCUUAAGAUAAAAAAUUGUUCAUGAAUGAUUUGGAUUUUGUUUGAUGUACAUGUGAA